AUGUCGCUCCUCUUGAAUCCCGCGGAAUCCGCUUAUCUGAACGAUAACGAAACGGAAAACUUGUUCCUUUCCGAGGACGAAAGCGAAGAUUAUAAUUUUAAGUACGUACCUGAAAAUCGUUUCAAGUACAUAGUAAGGGAUGUACGUAGACAAAGAUGUCGAGAGGAAGAAGAGAAUGUAUGGGCUUCUUUCGUUAAACAACAAGAGUUGAAUGGUUAUGAUAAAAAUGGUAUUCAGCCCUCUGUUCAAAGUAUUAAACAGCUAUUGGAUGAAGGUAUGAAGGAAGCGGAUAAAGAACUUAAAAGACUGGAGAUAGAUAUUCUGCCUGAUAGAAUAGAAGAAUGCAGUAGAAUUGGAAAUAAUCAAAAGAAAAGACUAAGGGUAAAUAAUAUCAGGGAUUUGACUCCGAAGAAGAUGCCAAUUACGAGAGACACUGGAACAGCUAGCAGCAAUUUACUUCUUACAAUUCCUGAAGAGGAGAAUACUCCCACUUAUGAAAGAAAACAAGAGCCUGAACAUUUUAAGUCAUAUGUCAGAAAAUCUCGCUCUGGUCACGCGAUAUCGCGAAAGAUGCAACCUUCAUUGAAGCAGCUUCAUCAUACGACUAAUGAUAUCGAGUACAAUUCCAGUCCUGAAAGUAGCGCACGUCGCGACGAUGUCGCAGAUGGAGUUAUUCAUAUACGACCGGAUCCAUUUAUCAUGCACAAAAUUCUGACAAUGCAAAAGAAAGUCUGCAAUCUAUUGGAUGAAAUUGCGUUCAGAUUAGGAAAUAUUCCAGCGCCGGAUGGCAUUAAAGAUUUGCAGAGGCGGCAGCAGUGCGUUGCCGAAUUCGUCGUACGAUUUUCGAGAAAUUAUCUGUAUGAUCUCAAUCGAUACGUGAAAGACAUCCAGAGGCAUAUGUGCAUUAUAUCGCCGCGAGCGAUAGUAAGACCGAAUCACAGAAGCCUCGGACUACACAUGCACGCUAUUGAGCAUAAGCUACUUGCCGCUCAUCAGUUACUGCUGCAUGCAUUAGUUGCUUAUUGCAAACACAUUCCUAGUUCUAUUCUCAAGGGACAUCCAGGAAAGUUUAGAGAGAUAUUACAAGUAGUUAUCGAUCUAAAGACUAUGUGCGAUAGGCUCCAUUUGAACUAUCUUGAUUCAGGGGACACUGAUAUUUUGUCACUGGGAAAAACUAUUGAGAGUAAGUGCAAUACCAUUUUGUCCAAGUUGAAACUUCAUGUAGAUAGCGAUCUCCUUGAUCCUAAUAAAACGUCGUCGAUGGCAUCCUUUACUUCGCAUUCGACAAAUAAAAAACGGCUCAAUCGCAAACAGUUAUCUAAUCGUUUAAGUAUGUAUAGUAUGGAAAAUGCCAAAGCUUCCAAAAGUAAUCCUAAACAUAAAACAAAUUAUUAUCAGAAGGAUAAAAAGUAUAAUACAAUAGAUACACAUGUUAAAAAAAUCUCUAAUGAAUCAAUAUCCAAUCAGCCAUAUGCCAGUCCUGUAACAUCGCCUAAGGAUAAAAAUCAAAUUAGCAUUAGAAAACAUAGAACAUAUGCAAAAGAGGAGGAUAUAAAAACUAUGAUGGAUAUGUUACCUAUAGAUUCAGAUAAUUGCAGCAAUUUUGAAACACAGGAAAGACAUAAUACAAUGCUCACAAGAAGAAUACCCAAAGCGUCGGGCAAAACUUCUGACAACUUGCAAGAUUCGAAACAAUCAGAAAGUAUAGAAAAUAUUGUUAAAAACACUACCACAAAUAACGAUGAUGAAUUGGUAAAAAAAGUGACGAUGAUAACAGAAGAACAUUUAUCCAGCUUAGUACCAAUUAUAGCGGAUCUUAUGUCUUAUGUUUCCAAUAAGCAAAAUGAAUCAGAGGUGAUGCCAGUUACGAAAUCAACCGCAAAUACGCUAAUGAAUUUUCUGCAGAAAUAUCAAUCGCCUAAGAGCACAAAAAUCAGCACGAAUACCAGUUGUGAUAUAUGUCAUUCUUCCAUAGGAAGCAGUUGUGAAUGUGCACACCUUAAAACAAACAGAACUUUAACUGGAACGCGAAAGAAUGGUAAAAAUAUGCGACUGAUUUGCAUGUCAUCGAUAGAAAAUGAAUCAAAGGCACUGCGUUAUUGCGACGCAUCGUGCCAAGCAAACUGUGAAAGUUUAACGGAAUUGUCAGAUUUUGAAAUAAAGAUGAAGGAAGGAAAACGCAUUACAAAUUCGUUGAAUAAUAUCGAGCUCGUUGUUUCCGAGGAAACCGAAAUGAAUUUUCUGAAAUAUAGACGUGAAUAUCAGCGUUUGGUGCAAUUGGUUCCAAUGUAUUCCAGCAACACACAAAAUAAACCAUGGGACAUUGUCGCAUGGAUAUCUGAUAAACUCAUAGAUGAAUUAAUAAUGGAGAUCUCAAAAGAAUUACAAAUAAACGAUGUCAUACAGAAGUUAUUUGAGUUAGAAUUUCAGGAAUUCUAAUGCUAUUGUCCAUCUCACACAUAUCAAAUAUGGAAAAUGCACAAAAAGGAAUCAUAUAAAGAAUUCUAUAUAAAUUUGAGAUAUUUUAUAUAUAUAUAUAUGUAAACUGAUAAAAAAUUUUGAAAAUAAAAUAUUAUUUUCUAAA